CCUCAAUUCGACAGAGAAUUCGACGAUGAUGCGGUUCCUAGGAAACACCGUUGCUAAGUCUUGUCGCAAGGGGAGGUUGCAGAAUCGUGAUUUUUCAUCCGCCGCCAAUGUGACUAGCACAACCACCAUUAGCAAGAAAAUUGUUGAAUAUUGCUUUAAAGGGGCCUUUUGUGGUGUUGGAUACGUGUUCGGUGGUCUGACAUCAACCGGCAAGUCAAAGAACCUUCAGUUCCAUGAAGAGAUGCUGGUUUCCCAGAUGGAAGGCAUAGAGUACUUGAAGGCAUCAUUGGUAAAGAAAUAGUUGUCAGAUUUGAGUUGUGUCCAACUUUGUGUAAUGUACGAACUCCCAUUGUCUUUUGAUUAAUGAUUUAGCCCGAUGUAGAAAACCAGUCCUCUACAGCUGCUCACAGGCUCUCAUAUAAUUACAAAAUAAGGGCACCGAAAAUAAAAUACACAGUCGCCU